UUGAUUUUCAAAUAAAUACUUACACACCAAUGUUCGAUUCACAAAAUUUGUCAUUAUCACCAAAUAAUCGACACAAAAUAGUGUAGUAAUCAGUUGUGCUUCAGUUCGUGCACUAAUUUGACUGCAUUUUAAAAACUUAACAAUGAGUUUGCAUUUAAAACUCGCAUUUUUCGUGCUAAUUGGAUCCUUAACGCUGGGCGAAACAAUGUUCGAAUACAUGCCACACAUGGUAGGAGAUGGUCCGAGCAGCAAAAGAAAAGAUGAUCAACGAAAUAUAAUGGACGAGACUUGUAAGGGACUUAAUAUCACUGGAAUUUACCUUAAUGAUGAUCCGCAAUUGUUGCUAAAUGUGCAAGGGCAGAUUACGAUUCUCUUUAAAAUUGCUCCAAAUUACUUGUAUUUCGAUCAAAUAGCGAUGAUUCGUCAAUUGCGUAACCGCUUCGAUGAGAACGGCUUUAAUGCGUUGCAGUUCAUUCUCGUUAUCUCACAUUUGGGUGAAGCGCGAUUGCAAAAGAAAUUUGAAGCGGAAAUAAAGUUACUAAUGAUGGAUGAUACGAUGAGCGUUAUAAAGGAAACACCGGAAACACGACCGAUUUUCGGGAUGGCAGACAACCAGGCGUACGUUCUGGACAAUUGUGGACGACUCACGUACAUUAUCGUGCCACCCUGGAGUCACAUUCAAUUUCCCUACAUUAAAGCAGCAAUUUUGGCAACACUUUAUGACAUGCCAUGCGGAUAUUGCAACAUCGAGUUCAUCAUGCAACCGUUCCCCGAUUACGAUUACGAAAUUCAAACUGCCACAGAAGAGAACGGGCUUUUUGAUGCUUUGAAUGAAACAGAAGUCACGACAGAAAUGGAAAAUGACGUUUCCACAACGGAAAAUGACGUUUCCACGACGGAAAUUGAGUCACCCACAACAACUUUAUCUCCGGAUAUUAUUGAAAACGAGCUGAAUUACGACUGGAAAGUAGCAGAAUCGGAAAAUAUCAUUCCCAGAGUUGCGGAUUCAUCGACGGAAUUCGCUUUUAACGAGUCGAUGAUCGAAGAAGAUGAUAGUAAUUUCAGUAUUCCAUUGAGAAUUAUCUUACCUGUUGAGCAUUUGCAUUACAACAAAGCCGAGGACACAUAUUCCAAGUACAAUUACGUGGUUCUUAACACGGAUGAUCAAUCGGAACACAAACAUUUGGACCAUGAUGAGCCAAUCGAGAUGGAAAAUGUCCUGAAAGACAAACAAUCCAACGCUAAGGAAUUGCUUAAUGAACUCGAUGAGCAAGCUAAGGAGCUGUACAUCAGUCAAACUGGUCAAAUUUAUCAACUGUUAAAGGAAUAUUACGUCAAAGGACAAAAGGAAUCUUUAAAAGAAGUAGCAUUACUGGAUACUUCUAUCACCUGGGAAGAACCAAAAAUCACAAAUACUCCUGCUGUGAAGGACCUGCGACGGCAUUACGAGUUACUCGUAAUGUGGCUAACGUGGCAGUUUGAAUAAAUCAUUUUUUUUUAUUAGUCAAA